UGUGAAUAACAGAAUAGAUGCAACUCCGUGCUCGUGAACAGGUACUUUUGGACACUUUUUAUCUUCUGAGCUCCGCAAAGAGGGACAGGCGUUCUCUGUUUGUGUGUUUUUAUGUUACAUAUUAUUUGCAAUAAACUUCUGCAAUAACAUGAUGAACACAAAUGUGAGCUUUUAACAAGAAAAACAAAACUCGGCGUACCAUACUAUUUAUAAAGUCUUGACUGCUUGAUUCAAGCACUGGUAUUAAAGAUGCACACAAGGGAAUGCUUCGUUUCAGCACCAGGGAAAGCAAUUCUGCACGGUGAACAUGCUGUGGUGCAUGGGCAGGUUGCUUUGGCUGUGAGUUUGAACCUGCGCACAUACCUGCGUCUGCAGUCAACAUCAUCUUGUAAGGUCUGCAUCAAUCUCCCCAAUAUUGACACAUUUCUCUCCUGGGAAAUAACUGCACUACAGCGUCUUUUGGUGGGUUGUAAAGAGCUGGGAGAUCUGAAGGAGCUUGAUGCAAAUCUUUUGAACAGACUUCGUGAAUUCACUGGCAUUUCAGAUGGUUCCACCGACACAAGAAGCAUGGCUGUUUUGGCUUUCCUCUACAUAUACCUGUCUGUUUUUGCAGAGGCAGAGUCUCUGGCCAGUAUCACAGUGUCUGUGUGGUCAGAAUUGCCCACAGGAGCUGGUUUAGGCUCCAGUGCCGCCUAUAAUGUUUGCUUGUCUGCCGCUCUGCUGUCUGCCAGAGAGACCAUAUCCUCUCCUCUCACACAUCAGCAGGAGUCAGCCAGGUGGAGUAAAGAGGAGAUGGAGCUGAUUAACAGGUGGGCGCUUAUGGGUGAGAAGGUCAUCCACGGUAACCCUUCAGGGGUGGAUAAUGCUGUGGGCACAUGGGGUGGCAUUUUAAGGUACCAUGCAGGAAAUAUAACUCCACUGAGCAGGGUCCCUGUUCUGAGAAUCCUUCUCACUAACACCAAAGUACCACGCAGCACCAAGGUGCUUGUUUUGGGAGUGAAGGACAAAAUUAAUAAGUUUCCCUCUGUAAUGAAGCCAGUGCUGGAGUCAGUCAGUGCUGUGUCUUGCACCUGUGAACACACUCUCACAGAGAUGGCAACACACGGGCCUUCAGCUGAGCACUACAACGUUCUGGAGGAGCUGAUUGACAUAAACCAGCACCAUCUGAACGUGAUGGGGGUGGGUCACUCAUCUCUGGAUACACUGUGCAGAGUCACUCUGGCCAGGGGUCUCCAUAGCAAACUGACCGGAGCAGGAGGUGGCGGCUGUGGAAUCACUCUCCUGCGACCAGAGAUAGAUGCUUCAGUGAUCCAGAGUGCUAUUGAGGAGCUGAAGGGCUAUGGCUUUGAAUGCUGGGAGACCAGCAUCGGAGCUCCAGGCGUACAACUGCACUCUCCUACUGCAGUCAAACAGGGUAUACUGAAGAUCCUAAACAGCUACUAAGUCACAAAUCAAAUGAACUGUACUCUUACGUCAUCAUUAUGAUUAGCACAGAUGCAUGUUGCUUCUGUUACGUUGGAUUUGGGAAAGUUGUUUUCCCGGUUCAAGUCAGAAUUCAGAAUUGUGGUGUAAUUGUUUAAUUUUUAAACAGAUGAAAUUAUAUGAACAUAAACAUAGAAGUACAUUUUACAAUAUGUUUGAGUUAUUGCAUCAAGUGUGCUAAUGCGUUGUGGAUGUUAUGUCUUAUGCACAUCAGACUCAAUGAAGUUUUAAAAUGCCACUAGAUGGCUGCAGAGUGUAAAAGAAAGAAAAAAUGCUUUCAAGCUUGGACAGAAUGAAUGCUAUGCAAAUAAAAUAUUAUUUAAUUAAGUAUUAAUAAAAUAAUUAGUAAUUAAACAAAUAUUUUUAAAAAAUAUAUUUUAACCUUA